AUGUCUAGUGGAAUUGGUAUAAAAAUGAAGAGUGGAUUUUCUCAUGGUGGCAGUGGUGGAACCGGACUGAAAGGAAUCGUUGGAAUGGGAACUGGAUUUGGUGGUGGAAUUGGUAGUAGUAGUAGUAUAGGUGUAGGCGUUGCAGGUGGUAUGUCUGGUGCUAGUGUUAGAGGUUCAUCAACUGGUGGUAUAUCAAAAGUCAGUGUUGGUAGCAGUGGUUCAUUUGGAGGAAAUAUCGGUGGAGGCAUUGGUAUGAAAGUAAAUACUGGCCAUUCAGGUGUAAACAGAGUGGGGAUGAGUGGCAGUGUUGGCAUAGGCGGAGGAACAUCUGGCGCAGUUGGUGGAAAUUUUGCUGCAUCAACAGGAAGUAUCUCUAGGGAUGGUACAUCUGGUAAUGAUAACGAUCAAAAUGGAUCAGAUGGUGGUAAUGGUAACGAUGAUGUUGAUGGAAGAAUAAAUUCUAGUGGAAAUGGUGGUGAAACAGUAAUGGAUAUUUCUGGUGGAAAUAAUGGUGAAACAAGAAUGGGAAUUUCUGGUAGAAGUGGUAGUGAAACAAGAAUGGGAAUUUCUGGUGGAAGUGGUGGUAAAACAAAAAUUGGCAUUUCUGGUUCUAGUUCUGGUACAAAUAACAAUAACAGGGCUGUCGGUGUGAAUGUUAAACUACUAUCAAAUAUGGAUGGCGGUUCAAUAGGCAGCAACGACGACGGAACUAUAAGUAGUUCAUCUGUAGCUGGUUCCUCACAGACAAGCAGUGGUACGAGUGGCGUAAGUGGAAUAAGAAUGAGUAUACAAUCUGCAGGUUCAGGUGGAAGUAACGGUGUCGCUGGUGUGGGUUUGUCUGGUAAUGGAGGUGCUCAAAUUGGCAGCAGUGUUGGUGGUUCUUCGGGUAUUUCAUCCAGUUUGUUACAUUCUGGUUCUGCUGGUGCCAGUCAAGGAGGGUUACAGGUUACACAAGAUUCUGGUAUGUCUGGUAACAUCGGCGGUGGAGUAGAUGGAAGUGUUAUCGGUGCUGGAUCCACUGGGUUAGGUAGUAGUUCCAGCAAAUCUGCGUCUAUCAGUGGAAGGGUUGGGGAAGAUAUUGGGAUAAAGAUAAAAUCUGGUGUUUCAGGAGGCAACAUGGGUAUUGCUGGUGGUAGCGUCCGAGGUGGUGGUACUUCGGCAUUUUCCAGUUCUAGCAGUGUAGAUGGUGGUAGUUCAUUUGGGUCAAGUUUAGCACAGUCUGGCGGUACAGGCUCUGGCAUUAAAGUAAAAACAGGCAUUUCGUCGAGUGGAGGUGUCCCAUCUUCUGGAGGAGCUAUAAUGGGUCGUGGAUCAAAUGCACAUAGCAGCUCUUUUGCAGCAGGUUCUAGUUCGUCAAAGUCAAGUGCAAAGUCAAGUUCAAGUUCCACUAGCAGUGGUUCAAGUUUUAGUUCCAGUUUUAGCAGCAGUAGUGGUGGUAGUGUUGCAGUUCUGACUACUGGGCUUGUGAAAUCCUCUUGGUGGAAACCUCCAACAGCAGUGACAUCGACCCAGUGGUUGUAA